AUGGAGCCACAAUCAGUGUUAUUGCCCCUGUCAGAUCCUCAGAUCAUUUCGUCCCUUAAUUUCUACAAAAAAAACCUACUAACAGGAUAUAACAGAACAAAAUAAAUUGUAUGAAAAAAGGGGACUCAUAAUUAUUCUCUGGAGAUAAUUUGUCGUUGUUUCACGUGAAAAUGGGAAAUUGGCAGUUGGAGGUAGUCAGAAUGGUUGGUUACAUUGCAUUUCCUGUGGUAAUGUUCCACUGGUUUAAUCAGGCUGAAAAUUUUUCCACAUAUUUGGAGGAUGUGCAGAAAAUAAUCCCCUAUACACCACGUCAACAAAAGCCGAACUCGACCAGUUCAUCGACAAUUUCAACAAAGAGAAAGAUUUACAAGCAAUUAAUGCAAUGGAAUCGAAAAUCUCUAAAUAAAUUCAGGGAUAAUUUGAAGAGGCUGAAAUAUAUUUGAUAAUUACAAGUCAAAUGUUAUGUUUUAUUGUAUAUAUUUGUAGAUAAUUUUAUUUCAUAGAUGGGAAGUAAUAAAAUUAUGAAAUUCA